GAGGAGUCGCAGAAUGGAGAUGGAGUGGUGGAUGUCAAUGCCAAAGGUAGAACUGCAUGCUCACCUGAACGGAUCCAUCAGAGAUUCCACACUUCUAGAACUUGCUAAAGCUUUGGGUGACAAAGGUGUCAUAGAUUUCUCCCAAGUGGAACAUGUUAUCCUUAAAAAUGAUCGUUCAUUGACUGAGGUAUUCAAGUUGUUUGACCUAAUCCACAUUCUUACCACUGAUCACACGAGUGUUACAAGAAUUACCAAAGAAGUUGUUGAAGAUUUUGCGUCAGAGAAUGUUGUGUAUCUGGAGUUGAGAACUACUCCAAAGAAAAAUGAUUCCCUAGGAAUGAGCAAACGCUCUUACAUUGAAGCUGUAUUGAAAGGUCUAAGAGCUGUCAGUAAUGUUGAUGUGGCUUUCAUUCCUUGCAGUGAGGAGUCUAGGACUGGGAGUCACUCAAAACCUGUACUCUUGGCCAAUGAUAAAUGUAAUGGAAAUUCUAGAAAAAAAAUCUUUGUUAGGCUUCUCUUGAGCAUUGACCGUAGGGAGACAACAGAAGCGGCAAUGGAAACUGUCAUGCUUGCUCUGGAAAUGAGGUAUCUUGGCGUUGUUGGAAUUGAUCUCUCUGGGAAUCCGGCUGUUGGUGAAUGGAUAACAUAUUUGCCAGCAUUGAAAUUUGCUCAAGAACAAGGUCUUUAUAUAACUCUUCACUGUGGAGAGGUGCCUAAUUCAAAGGAGAUACAUGAUAUGCUCGACUUUCUUCCCCACAGGAUUGGACAUGCUUGUUGCUUUGAGGAGGAACACUGGAGAAAACUGAAGUCCUCUAACAUUCCGGUUGAAAUUUGUUUGACAUCAAACAUUAGGACAUUGUCCGUUCCAUCCAUAGAUGCUCAUCAUUUUGUGGAUUUGUAUAACACAAAGCAUCCUUUGAUCCUGUGUACCGACGACUCAGGUGUGUUCUCUACCAGUCUCUCCAACGAAUACAAAAUUGCUGCUUCUUCACUUGGCCUUGGAAGGAAGGAAAUGUUUGACCUAUCAAAGAAUGCUGUCGACUUUAUAUUUGCAGAUAGUCUAGUAAAGGAGGAUUUAAGAACAACUUUUAAUUCAGCAGCAAAGAAUCUGGAACUCAACGGUAGAGGCAGUGCAUCUCCUCUUCUUCCAUGUAUGGCCGCAGACAUACAUCCUUAAAGCUGUAUACCCAAUUUCUUGCGAGGAAGAGCCUUAUGCUUGAGUCAAAUCACGUUUUCAUAACAUUUAAGCGCAAGUGAGCAUCUUCUAUCUUCCUUGUUUCUGAUUUUAGCGCAUGGAAAUUAAGAACUGUUCCCAUUAUGUUUCUGUUCUAAUUCUUUGUAUGGGGAGAGGCGAGGGUGCUUCCCAUGGUUAUGCUGGCUGUUUUCUGAAACCAACUUGAAAGGACUUUGUUGCGGGCAAGGAGGUGUGCUAACUUCUAAAAGUGUGGGUUGAUUGGUGAUGCUUUGAUAAAAUAAAAUGUUAAAGACCCGAGGAGGACGGAAGAGCAUAUGAAGACAUGAUUAUAUGGAUAUUUGCUAUUAUGUGCUACUGUUUGGACUUUUGUUGUUGCUGUUUAUUUGAGGGAUGAUUGUAUUAAUUUGAGAAGUAGUAUUACUGUUGAACUAUGAUUUUAUUACUGUUUUAAGACUUUUAGGAUCAGCAAGUAC